AUGAAAGAUGCUCCCCGUGUGGCCCUCGUGUCGGACUAUUUUUACCCGAAGUUCGGCGGCGUUGAAUCCCACAUUAUAGGCCUCGCAUCCGGCCUCCUUCGUCUCGGUCUCCAUGUUAUCGUUAUCACACAUUCGUACGGGCCCGAGUUCUCAGGAAAGCACGAGCUUUUUCUCACGCCUCUAGCAACCGUCAGCGAUGUUGAAGACGAAACAACCAUCACACUGACUGUUUAUUACUUGCCAGUUGGAAUUGUCGCGCAAAAUUGUAUGUUUCCUUGUCUUUAUCCGACUCUGAGAUUCUUUCCGGAAAUUUUUGAGAGGGAAAAAAUCAAUCUUGUUCAUGGGCACUCUUCUAUGUCUGCAAUGGUUCAUGAAGCAAUUUGGCACGGAAAGAUGCUCGGCUUGUCUACUGUUAUCACUGACCACUCGCUAAUUGGAUUCUGUGACGCAGGAGCCAUUGUAACAAAUAAAUUACUGGAGGGAACCCUUUCAGACGAGAGCACCCAUGUCAUCUGCGUUUCCUACUGCUCGUCAGCGAAUACUAUCAUCCGCUCGAACAUUCCGCCACCCCUCGUUCACGUUAUUCCCAACGGAAUCUCAGCCUCAUUCAACGCCGCACAUUUCCCCCCACUCACUGACACGAAAACCGUAAGAAUUGUCACAUGCUGUCGUCUUGAAUACCGUCGCGGGAUCGACCUCCUUUUGGCAAUUAUCCCCCGUUUUUGUGAAGAAUUUCCAUUUGUCAAAUUUGUAAUUGCUGGUGAUGGACCGUACCGAGUCAGGCUGGAAGAAACGGUCAGAAGACAUUAUCUGUCCGAUCGCGUCGAGUUAAAGGGUGUCGUUCCGCAUAAGGAUCUUCCUGAGUUACUAUCGACGUGUCAUGUUUUCUUGAAUACAGCAUUGACAGAAGCGUUCUGUAUCGCGAUCUGCGAGGCUGCUAGAAUGGGUCUUUCGAUUGUUUCCUCGAAUGUUGGCGGAAUUCCGGAAGUGUUGCCAAGGGACUUGGUUCGCCUGUCAAAUCCUUCUCCAAAAGAGCUCUACGCAUCGCUAACCGAAGCGGUCACCAAUAUACGCGAAGGACAAGGCCCGUCGAGAAAAUAUAUCUCCGAGAAAGCCCUGACAAAAUAUAAUUGGAGCGAUGUUUGCACACGAACAGUAGAAAUAUACAGGAAAUCCCUUGGAGAACGAAAACGGACCUUUGAAGAGCGACUUUUCAAGUUUCGAAAGGUCGAAUUUGCCGGCUAUUUCUACCAAGGAGUUCUUGUCGUUCAUCGGUCACUGUUUUACAUGCGCAAUGAAAUGCAAAUCAACAGAUUUCAUGUCUAUUUCUUUCUCUCUUUCCUGAUGCCAUCUUUCUUUUUGUAUCAUAUUGUAUAUGCCUUUCUCCGCCAAUAUCUUUCUGUAGCCUAG